UAUGAGCAACCUGGAAAGAUGGAAAAGAAAGAAAAAGCUAUAGUUUCUUCCAAGGAGAAGACUGCAAAACAAGAGAAAAAGAAAGCAGUUUCUUCCCCAAAAGUAACAGAAAAAAUGAAAACUGAACAGCAAGAAAGGAUGGGAAAAAAAGUUGUCACAAAAGAUAAAAAGAGCAUCCAAGUUGAAGAAAAGUUAAAAAAAGACGUGAAAGAAAAAAAACCCGAGGCCAAGGCACCUGAAAGACUAAAGACCAAGGAAAUCAAAGCAGCGGAAGUGACAUCACCAAAAGCCAAAGAAAAAAAGGAGACUGCCCUGGCAGUCAAAGAAAAAAUCGAUCAUAAAGAUCAAUUUGCAUUCUGUCGCUAUAUGAUUGACAUGUUUGCACACGGGAAUUUGUACACAGGAUCGUAUCCCCCCCUAUUUUUGGAGCAGAUCCCAGCAAUCACAGCUGUUCUUCCAGCUGCUGAAGUGGGAAAGCUUAACGUGACUGCUACAAAAAAAGUGGAAAAAGGAAAAAAGGUGGUUCGAGAAAAGAAAGCUACUCCACAAGUUAUAAGAAAAGAAGAAGAGAGGAAAAAAGUAACUGCUGAGAAGAAAGGUAUUCCUGAAAUUAAAAAAAAAGAAGUGGGAGAAGAAAAAAAGAGAAUUCAUGAGAAGAAAGAUGUUUCUGAUACUCAGGCAAAAGGGAAAAAAGAAGAAAAAAGGAAAAGUCCUGAGAGGACAGUACUCUCUGUAGUUAAAAAAGCAGACACAAAGGAAGCCAUUUCCAUCAAAGACCUAAAAAAGCCAGCAAAAACUCCGGCAUCCCCCCGGCCAGUUGCUGUAAAAGUGGCAACACCAGACUGGUCAAAGAAGGGUGCACAUGUGAAAGAAUCUGAAACACAUAAAAAAGAAAAGCCAAUAGAAAUAGCCAAAGUGCCAAAGAAACAUGUGCAUGUAAAGAAAUCUGAAAUCAAGUUCAAACCUUUUUCUUAUUUUCUAGAAACAGACAAGAAAGAAAAGUCAAUAGAAAUAGCCAAGCUGCCAAAGAAGGCUGUGUAUGCAAACAAAACUGAAGCAGAUAAAAAAGAAAAGCUAAUAGAAAUAGCCAAGCUGCUAAAGAAGGCUGUGCAUGCAAUCAAAACUGAACCCCACAAGAAAGAAAAGCCAUUAGAAACCGAACGACACAAGAAAGAAAAAACAAGAGAAAUGGCCAAGGUGUCAAAGAAAGUUGUGCAUGGAAGCAAAAUUGAACUGCACAAGAAAGAAAAACCAUUAGAAAGAGCCAGGUUACCGACGAAGGAUAUCCAUGCAAAAGAAUCUGAACAACACAAGAAAGAAAAGCCAAGAGAAAUUGCCAAAGUGCCCAAAAAAGUUGUGCAUGUAAACAAAACUGAACCCCACAAGAAAGAAAAACCAUUACAAACAGCCAAGCUACCGAUGAAGGAGAUCCAUGCAAAAGAAUCUGAACGACACAAGAAAGAAAAGCCAAGAGAAAUCACCAAAGUGCCAAAGAAAGUUAUACAUGUGAACAAAACUGAACCCUACAAGAAAGAAAAACCAUUAGAAACAGCCAAGUUACCGAUGAAGGAUAUCCAUGUAAAAGUAUCUGAACGACACAAGAAAGAAAAGCCAAGAGAAAUGGCCAAAGUGCCGAAGAAAGAUAUGCAUGUAAACAAAACUGAACCACACAAGAAAGAAAAGCCAUUAGAAACAGCCAAAUUACCGAUGAAGGAUAUCCAUGUAAAAGAAUCUGAACGACACAAGAAAGAAAAGCCAAAAGAAAUGGCCAAAGUGCCAAAGAAAGAUAUGCAUGUAAACAAAACUGAAUCCUACAAGAAAGAAAAGCCAGUAGAAACAGCCAGGCUACCGAUGAAGGAUAUUCAUGUAAAAGAAUCUGAACGACACAAGAAAGAAAAGCCAAGAGAAAUGGCCAAAGUGCCAAAGAAAGAUAUGCAUGUAAACAAAACUGAACCACACAAGAAAGAAAAGCCAUUAGAAACAGCCAAAUUACCGAUGAAGGAUAUCCAUGUAAAAGAAUCUGAACGACACAAGAAAGAAAAGCCAAGAGAAAUGGCCAAGGUGCCAAAGAAAGUUGUGCAUGUAAACAAAACUGAACCCCACAAGAAAGAAAAACCAUUAGAAAGAGCCAGGUUACCGACGAAGGAUAUCCUUGCAAAAGAAUCUGAAUCUCAUAAGAAAGAAAAGCCAUUUGAAACAGCCAAGCUACUGAUGAAGGAUAUCCAUGUAAAAGAAUCUGAACGACACAAGAAAGAAAAGCCCAAAGUAUCAGAGAAAGCUGUGCAUGUAAACAAAACUAAAUCUCACAAGAAAGAAAAGCCAUUAGAAACAGCCAAGCUACUGAUGAAGGAUAUCCAUGUAAAAGAAUUUGAACGACACAAGAAAGAAAAGCCAAGAGAAAUGCAGCCACAUAAGAAAGAAAAACCAGUAGAAAUAGCAAAGCUAUCAAAGAAGGAUGUGCUUGUGAAAGAAACUGCACCCCAGCCCAAAAAGGAUAUCCUUAUUCGGGAAUCUGAAUCACACAAAAAAGAAAAGCAAAUAGAAAUAGCCAAAGUGCCAAAGAAACAUGUGCAUGUAAAGAAAUCUGAAGUAGACAAGAAAGAAAAACCAAUAGAAACAGCCAAGCUGCCAAAGAAGGCUGUGUAUGCAAACAAAACUGAAACACAUAAGAAAGAAAAGCCAAUAGAAACUGAAUCACACAAGAAAGGAAAGUUGGCAGGAACGGCCAAGCUGCCAAAGAAGGAUAUUCAUGUAAAAGAAUCUGAACUCCACAAGAAAGAGAAGCCAAGAGAAAUGGAGGCAAAAAAGAAAGAAAAACCAAUAGAAACAGCCAAGCUGCAAAAGAAAGCUGUGUAUGCAAACCAAACGGUAACACAUAAGAAAGAAAAGCCAAUAGAAAUAGCCAAACUGCUAAAGAAGAAUAUCCAUGGAAAAGAAUCUGAGGCAGACAAGAAAGAAAAGCCAAUUGAAAUAGCCAAGCUAUCCAAGAAGGCUGUGCAAGCAAGCAAACCUGAAACACACAAGAAGGAAAGGCCAAUAGAAAUAGCCAAGCUGCCAAAGAAGGAUAUUUGUGUAAAAGAAUCUGAACCAGAUAAGAAAGAAAAAUCAAUACAAAUAGCCAAGACGCCUAAGAAGGAUGAGCAUAUAAAGGAAUCUGAAUUGCUUAAGAAAGGAAAGCCAGUGGAAACAGCUGCUGGAGGAACUCAUAAGCCAAAAGCAUUACACAAAAAGAAAGAAGAAAGACCUAGCAAGGCAGCAGAACAAGAUAAAUCAGACUCCGAAGAAUCAAGUAAAGUGUGUCACAAGCCUAAGAAAGAAAAAAUAACGAAGACCACAGAAACCCAAAAGAAAAAGGAUAUCUCAAAAGAAAAAGUGAAGCCUCCUAUUGCUGUCAAAGGAAAAGAUGCAGCAAAAUCAAAUGAUGCAAAGCUUCCCAUUGCCGAGAAAAAGAAAGCCUCAAGCAUGAUAAAACAAAGCAAGAAUAUUUCUCAUCCUGCCAUUACAGGCAAGGAGGCACAACAUAAACCACCAAAACAAGAGGUUCUUGGGCAUGAAAAAGGAGUUCAUCCAGCCAAACCAGAUGAGAAAAAAGCAGAAAAAUCUUUGAGAGAAAAGAAGGAAAAACACGGAAAAACAGUUGAAAAGACAACCUUGAAAUUAAAACAUGACAAAGUUUCUUCAGAAAAAGAAGCCAAUUUUUAUUACAAUAUGACUAAAGAAAAAAAUUCAAAAGCUGCAAAACCAGGAACUGCUGGUCGCUACUAUCAAUGUGUCUUUGUAAAUGGACUUAAUGGUGACACACCUCGAUAUUCUGCAACUCCAGAAAAACCUUCUGAUCCCAAAUUGAAGGCACGGAAACAAUAAUAUCCAGCAACCUGUGACAUUGCAACAGUUUUGCACUUUGCAACCCACUUCAGGGGAUCAUCUGGAAGUCCACGUGGCACCUGUGACAAUGGAAGUAUGAUCUGACUGAUCACAAGCACCUGUAAAAGUUGUUUCUCUGUUGUUAGAGCACCAGAGACAAUUUGAUGGCAUUAUGUGAUGAAGAGUAUCCAUACUACUUCCCUGAAUGAAAGCAUGGUGCUGAAAAAGUACUUGACAGUAAGUUCUGUGUGCAGGUAUAGGCAUAGGUAUAUAUGUAUGUACGCUCACAUGUUCUGCCAAGAUCUGUUUCUAGUUUCUGUUUUAUACCUAGCUAGUAUGGAAAACAUUUUCCAUGGUAUCAGUUUUGGAAAAUGUUGAAACGGAAUUAGUCAUUUGCAGUAUAGUUUGUGGUCCACAAUAGUGCUAAAUGAAAUCACGAGUCAGUCCAUGCUAAACUUUUAAGUAAUCAAACUAUAAUAAUUAAACAUAUGUUCUACCUAUGAUUUGUUCUUGUAAAAGCAAGCAAUAAAAUGUUUGCUAUUUGUAUAUUAGAGAGAUAUUUGAAUUGAGAAUAUCAACUAUCAAUUUCUCUUUACUUCCUAUUUGAAAUAAUGGGCUGGUAUCUCAACAUCAAAAGGAAAAAUAUAAUGCUCCCAAUGAAAAUGUCUAAAGAUGUUAUUCUUGCUGCCUAUUAAAAUAGGUUUUGCUUUGUAAAUACUACUGUAUCUUUGUAAGUAGUUGUUCCUAAUUUCUAUUAAAUGUAUUUUGUGUAUAUAAUUUUAUAUUUGUUUGCAAUGUCAAACUGAACAAAUUAUGUAUUGUUUUUACACAAAUUUUGUAAAGACAACUCUUUACAGAAAAAUUACAUCUGAAGUCUUUAACCUGAAUCAAUUUCAUAAGUUUCUAAAGAGAGAUUAUUGUUGAAAUGCUGAUAUUUAUUUUGAAGAGAGGGUACAGGAUUUAGGUAACUGUGCCUAAAGAGGUUGAAGCAAUUCGUGACAAUGUUUGGUUUUCCCUCUCUGUCUUUCUCUUUUCAUGUUUUAUCUUUUCAUAUCUUGGUCAUAUUAAAAUAGGACUGGAAUUUAAUGCCACCUAGACAAUUUCCAUUACUGUAUUUUCAACUGAUCUAAUAUAGUUCUCCCAUUGUGAAAGUAAUUUAUUGGGAGAAAAGCAAAUACAGAUAAAUGGGAUACUUGAUUACUACCAUCUGUGGAAAUGGUAAGGUUCAUUCUGUAUUAGCCUGAAGGCUAAAUAACAGACAAGUGAUUUAGGAUCAUUUUGGUUAAAAUAAAUUUUGGUUAAAGAAUGUACUUUGGAAGUACAGGCUUAUCCUGCUGCUUCCUCUGAUAUAACUUGUCAAUGGAUAAGCAAAAUGAAGAGGUGCGUCAACAGAGCAGAGAAUUAAAGACUAGUCUAUAGUCUUUAUGAAAUAUGUUUUUGAUAUGUCACAAAGUAUAUGCACUGAUUCAAAGAUGAUUGACCUUGUUAAUAUUGCAUCAUGAUUGGUGAAAACACCCAAACUUUUUAUAAAUGAUGAUACCUCAUAAGUGACAUGAAAACAUUUAACUGUGCUUGAUUGUAUGGUAGAGUUGUAGAGUUGGCAUAGCAUUAAUGUCACCAACUCAACCAUAUCAAGAAUUAUGAUCCACAAUGAGUGCAGAAGUGUAGAAGUUUCAGAACGUAACUUUGAGAUCUGCCUCUUUUAGAUGGUUCAUAUCUACCUCUGAUCUUCCCAAAACAGACACCUUAAGGUUCACUUUUCUUAUAAUUCAUUUAUUUUGCUAUUUGUAGCGUAGUUUUAGUGGCUUUCCAAAGACCUGCUGAUUUAAAUAGGUGAUUUUAGUCAAAUCAUGCAAGGUUUCUUUAGAGUUUUAUUAAAAUAUUGCCAAUUGUAGGUAUUUAGAUUAUUAAAAGCUGUUUAACUGAGAUUUAUUGAAGUAUAUCCCAAUUCCCUAUAACUGGUUCAAGUGCAACGGCAUAUUUGAGAAGACAUUUCCCUUUGAAUAUCCAGCUGACUCAAAAUAAUUCAAAAUAUAAAAUCUCACAUAAUGGUCAAUGAUUCCAGAAACAUUAAUCAUUUGUUUAAAACACAAGUUUCUUAUUGCAUCCAUCCAUACACCAGAUUAAUCAAAAAAUUCUGCUAUUAUUUGAAUUACAUUUUUUUAUCCAUAUUUUAACUGUUGAUUGGCAAAACAAAAUGACCAAAGGGUAGCAUGGUAGGUACAGCUCAGUUUGAUUAUUUGACAGGGCAAUGAUUCAUGAUAUUGUUAUUUAACUUGGUAUUUUAAUUAAUACCAAGAAUCAAGCAGUAAUCACUGUGGUCUUUCUAUGUGGCCACAAAUUCACUUAAAAUCCUAAGCUAAAAUUCUUUUCAUGUUCUAGUCCCUGAUAAUGAGAAGAUUUCUCAUGACCGAGAAAGUUUGUUUACUUGGCAUCCAAAUAAAAGUUUGAUGUUAAUAGACAAAGUCUUCAUCACAAAACCAGAGCCCCCAUUGUGCUGUUGUGCAUGUAUUUCUAUCAGCAGAUUGGGAUGAGAAAUACAACAUUUCAUGAUAUAGCAGACCAAAUAACCCUAUAGCAACACAGUAUAAAGAAUAGAUAGUAGAGACACUUCCUAUAUCUUAUUGAUAAGGACAAUGGAAAAGAGAGAGGGACUUAUAUUUUUGUCUCUGUUUUUGUUGAUUCUGUUUUUCACUCCCUUAAUUUAUUUGCCUUUUUUAUUGGGAAUGGAAAUUAUAUCAACUCCUGGACUAGUAUAUUUCCUUUCCAUUUUGUGGAUAUAUUCAGAGAACUGGGAGUUUGAACUGAUAGCACUAGAUGUGGCCAUGACAUCUCUUUUUUUUUUUUAUCAUGCAUAGAGUAAAGGGUGAGGGGGGGAAGCACACUGACUAAAUGAUUCUUGUAUUGCUUAGUUCUGACGAUAACAAGGACAAUAUCUCUAAGAGUAGUUUGUCAAAAUAAUAUACCAAGUUAUAAACACUGAAAAUAAGGCUAUCUCAAAGCAAAGAAAGACGUAAUGCUUUGUAUAAAAUUGUUUUUUUAAAAAACAUCCAGAUAGAUCAAUGUGUAUGCAAAGUCAGUAGAGGUGAAUUAUGAAAGUAAGAUCAAAAAGGCCUGGGAAUGAUUAGAAAUAUCACAGGCAGGGUCUUGUUUUAAACAAGAAGGGAAUGAAAUAUUUUAAUGGUGCAAAAGGAAAAGGUAAACACAAGAAUGGCAAAAUAAAGAGAUAUGCCACCAUUGUGAAUUAAUUAGUAGAAGGAAUGCUGAGGAAAUUUUUAAAAAGGUGUUUCAGAGCAAUGAGUGCAAUACAGAUGGGAAGAAGAAACAUAGUAAACAAAGAAAAAUGUUUAACCUUCCAUUUUGAGAGGUAAAGCCAAGAAAACAGAGAAGCUAACACAGAUUGUUUUCUACAAACUGGAGAAAGUACUUUAGAGACGUCUUAGCUGUAAAAUAGUCAGUGGUGUUUUACAAUGACCAAAAAUAGAUUUAUAUUUAAGAACACAGUGCAGCAUUGGUUAUAUUUAGAGAAUAAGGUGAUGGGUUUCUUCCAAUGAGGAAAAGUUACCUGCAUAUAAAUAGAGCACUGGUCAGACUUAACACUUUCCCCAGUUUUCUUACAAUUGUGAGAUAUAUACUGUAUUUGGCCAAUAAGACUGAGAGACCUGCACAUUUUCUACACAUUUCUGAUCAAUGUUCUCCCCUAUUCUCAAUCCACAGUCAUGAGUUCCAAACUCUCAUUCCUUAACCACACCAAGGAAGGGUAAGGGUAUGACUCAGUUGACCAUAGAAGAACCCAUCUCUCUCAUUCCCUCUAAUCUUUGGUAUAGUGUCUCGAUAUAGGCCUAUCUAUAAACGUCAAGAAAGCAAAGAAUAAUCUUUGUUAUAAUCUAUAGCAGAGUAAACAAUAUUUUGCGCAUGGACUCUUCCUUUGCACCUUCUCGAUUCUAGGCUGCAGAUAGCAUUUUUUUUAAAUAGGACCUUUAAUUUAAAAAAGGAUAAUGAAGAAAAUAUUGACAUGUUACAAGAACCAAGUAUCAACAUAUGGAUCCAGUAGAUAGUCUUAGAAAAUAAAAAAUGCUAGGUAGCUUCAGCCUAACACCCUGUUUGGAAAUACACUCACCUUUCCAGAAAAAAAUAGAGAGAAUGAAGGGGGAGGGGAGAGAGAGAGAGAGGGAGGGAGAGGCAAACUAGAGAUGAUCACAAAUAAGAUGCAUUUUAUGACUGGCUGUACUGACUAUGACAAGCAUUUGUUUAAUAGAGAAGUCUGUAUAGCAGCCAUUUGUAACAAUGUUCAGCAUGCCAAAAUGAUAGUCUACUUCUGUGCCACUCCAUGAGUGUAGGUAGUUUGGAUUUAUAGCUUUAUACAAAAAUAUGUAUCACACCAUACUGACAACUUUAUAAAAUGAAAAGGAGAAGAGCAAAAAGUUGUAUAGACUGUGGAUGUCAUGAUUGGUUGUGAAUUUCUCCCAAAUUGAUAGAGCUGCACAAAAAGGGUUUUAUGAUUUCCUGUAGGAAAAGCACUGAUCUGAAAAAUAUAUUGUUUAGAAUGUAAUUUAGGCUUCAGUCCUAUAGACUUUUAACCUAUAGGGUUAUUGAAAUUAAGAAAUAGUUGGAACUUUAUCCAGUGAUGUCUUGCCCUAACUUAUCAGGAAGUGGUUAUACAAUAGGAAGUUAUUUAAAUUAUCAAGACAUAUUCUUUUAUUUCACAAUUAUGUUUAAUGACUGCUAUAUGUUAAAAUGUUGGCACUUAUUAAAGCAACAAAAAAGAAUGCCAAGGACAAGAAUAUUUUAAUUUUUUAUUUAUAUCUUUAUGUCUUCAUUUGCAUUUUGACUUUGUACAAACUUUAUCAGCACUACAAAUGCUUUCCUUUCAAAAAUUAUUUCAUUUUCCAUCUCCAAGUGACAUCCUAUAUAGAAAAUGUUUGUUAUGAAGACACUGCAUUGACUACAGAUUGUAAUUAUUUAUGUGAUACUUCUAAACAUGGAAAGAAUAAUUGUUGAAUAGCUGAAUUGAUAUGCAAAUUUGAAGCCCUAUAGCAAGAUAUUUCCAAAGAGAAUUUGAAAGAAAUGUGUUGUUUGUUUUCUGUCAAAUUACUUACUGAUAGUCUGUAAGUGAGAAAAUAUCAAGUCUUUUCAAUAAAAGGGAAAUGUUUUCAA